UUCUUGUAACAGUAGUAUUUAUUUUCAACAUUACAUUUUCUCUCUUUUUCAUCUUUCAAUUCUUGCACCUUUACAAAAACCAUCAACCCAACAGUUUUUUUUUUUUCAUCUUCUGAAAUUUAUUUAGAAGAAGAUUGGUGAAGUGUGGAAUCACAGUGACAGGUGUUGGUUUGAUAAUAUAUACUUGAGGGAGUGAACAUUCAAUAUAUGCAUGGAAGGAAGAGAAGGUAUCAAUCCUGCGGUUACGGUGAUAGCGCCAGAAGCUCCAUCCGCAUAUCAUGUCGCACCAAGGAAUGAAGUUCCAGACCAAGUUCAUAACCCUGAAGUAGCCACAGCUGCAGCAGCAGGAGGUUCUACUGCGGCUCCUGCUGCUGCUAAUGUCGGUGUUUCCCCGGUGAGUGUUGGUUUGGAUGGAACAGUUAAGAAGAAAAGGGGUAGACCAAGGAAAUAUGGGCCAGAUGGGUCUGUCAACAUGCCAUUGUCACCGUUGCCUAUCUCAUCUUCAGCUCCGCCUUCUUCUAAAGACUUCUCAUCCAUGAAGCAAGUGAAACCACAGGGGAUGGAAUACAAGAGGGCGAAAAAAUUUGUGAUGGAUCAUCUAGGUGAAAUGAAUGGACACUCUGAUGGUACAAACUUUAUGCCGCAUUUCAUCACUGUCAAUGCCGGCGAGGAUAUUACAAAUAAGGUGAUAUCAUUUUCACAACAAGGGCCGCGAGCAAUAUGUGUCUUAUCGGCUACUGGAGUGAUUUCAAAUGUGACUCUCCGUCAUCCAGAUUCUUCUGGGGGUACUUUGACCUAUGAGGGUCGUUUUGAGAUACUUUCCUUGUCUGGAUCAUUCAUGCCUACUGAUAAUAACCAAGGAACAAGAAGCAGGGCAGGUGGAAUGAGUGUCUCACUGGCAAGCCCUGAUGGUCGCGUAGUAGGCGGCGGAGUUGCUGGUGUUCUUAUAGCUGCCACUCCUGUGCAGGUGGUGGUGGGAAGCUUUCUGCCUAGCGGCCAUCAAGAUCAGAAAAUAAAGAAACCUAAGUCUGAUUAUGCAACAGCCACAUUUACUCAGGCCAUUGCGGUAUCUGCAGCACCUCCGCCACCCCAAACUAAUAAUGCUGAAAAAGAGGAUGCCAUGGGUGGCGGUGGACAUGUACUGCAAAAUUCUGGAACCCUUAACUCAAAUUUCACUUCUCCUCCGCCCACCGCCUUUCGAAGGGAGAACUGGGUCAACAUGCACUCUAUCCCGGACACAAGAAAAGCGGCUACUGAUAUUAACAUAUCUUUGCCUGAUAAUUAAGUUGAUUAUCAACGUGCAAAUUGUUUGUCCUGACAACAUUUACAACUGAGAUGUUUUGUUUUAUGUUUACUGUGUUCUCUACUGUUAUCUUAGAUUGUUCCAAAUCUGUUCUCUGGUAUCUGUUACUAUAGUCUAUAGGAUGUAGUUGACAGUGUUGUUAGUUGCAGCGAGAUAGAGUAUCUUUGAUUUAUCGGCUGGUUACUUAGGUAGAUGCAGCACAAUGCAAUAUUAUGAUGAGUAGGCUAAUUUUGAUGUAAUGGUACCUUGGUCCUUGUUUGCCUAUUUACUUAGGAUUGAAUUUGGUGAAGCAUUUGCUUUUGA